AGGAAACUGAGCUUAAACCAUGUUAGAUUCUUACUAUUUGCAGGAGCUGGAUGAAGAAGAGAAAGCCAUGCAUGACUUUGAUAAGGAUUGGAAGCUUUCAGGCAUACAAAGAAUUUACUACAAUAGUCUUGUUGAAGAGCUGGGAAGUUACGGCUCUGAGGAUGGAAAAUUUAUUUGGCCAACCAGUGUGACGGUUACUUCAGAUGGGGAUCUUGCCAUAAAAGACAGUGGAAAUCAAAAAAUUCAGAUCCUCUCGCCUGACGGUCAACACAAGCAAGCAUUCACAUAUGGUUCCGACACUAGCAACUGCCUUGGCGAUGUGGUGUGUACAGAACAAGGUCUUCUACUGGUGUCCAAUGGAUAUAAGGGUAUUAAAGUCUUUUCUAAAGAAGGAGAAAUGAUCCAUCUCCUAAAGUCCUCCAAAGCAGAUUGGAAACAUUCUUAUGGGAUGGCUAUACUGAACUCCCACAGUAUUGCGGUGACAGAUUGGACUGAUGGGGGUAAAGUCCACAUUGUUGGAGUGGAUUGGAGAAUGAAUGCUGUUGUGAAAACCAAUGUUGUGGAGGGUCUUCAUAGACCAGAGCAUAUUGCAGUUACUAAGGAUAAAGAAUUGCUGGUGACAGAAGGACAACUUUUUGGACAACACACAGGGUGCUGCCUCAAGAUUAUAGACAAUGAACAUACAAUCAAAAAAACUAUUGGACCCAAGUAUGGCAACCAUUUCAAUUUUAUCAACCCAUCUGGAGUUUGUGUGGAUAUAGAUAGUAAUUUUCUGGUAGCAGAUAAAGGAAAGAACAAUAUCAUCAUGUUUAAUCCGGACUCAUCUUUGGUUGCUCUAGUAGUGACACAAGACCUGGAGGGUCCCUGUGGGAUCACAGUAACAAAGAACGGCCUUCUAGUUGUUACUGACUGUUACCAUCACAGUGUGAAAAUGUACAAAUAUAAACAGGAAAUAGCAUUAUAAACUUGGGUGAAAAAAGCGCAGAUAAAGAUUAAACUCCUGGGCAUUCUAAUAUGGUCAACUAUGUACAGUGGGGCAAAAAAGUAUUUAGUCAGCCACCAAUUGGGCAAGUUCUCCCACUUAAAAAGAUGAGAGGCCUGUCAUUUUUCAUCAUAGGUAUACCUCAACUAUGAGAGGCAUAAUGAGAAAAAAAAAAUCCAUAAAAUCCAUAAAAACUGUCUGAUUUUUAAAGAAUUUAUUUGCAAACUAUGGUGGAGAAUAAGCAUGUGAUCAAUAACAAAAGUUCAUCGCAAUAAUUUGUCAUAUGCCCUUUGUUGGCAAUGACAGAGGUCAAACGUUUUCUGUAAGUCUUCACAAGGUUUUCACACACUGUCGCUGGUAUUUUGGCCCAUUCCUCCAUGCAGAUCUCCUCUAGAGCAGUGAUGUUUUGGGGCUGUCGCUGGGCAACACAGACUUUCAACUCUCUCCAAAGGUUUUCUAUGAGGUUGAGACGUGGAAACUGGCUAGGCCACUCCAGGACCUUGAAAUGCUUCUUACGAAGCCACUCCUUCAUUGGCUGGGCAGUGUGUUUGGGAUCAUUGUCAUGCUGAAAGACCCAGCCAUGUUUCAUCUCCAAUGCCCUUGCUGAUGAAAGGAGGUUUUCACCCAAAAAUCACACGAUACAUGGCCCCAUUCAUUCUUUCCUUUACAUGUAUCAGUUGUCCUGGUACCUUAGCAGAAAAACAGCCCCAAAGCAUGAUGUUUCCACCCCCAUAUUUCACAGUAGGUAUGGUGUUCUUUGGAUGCAUCUCUGGUACUCUGGUUUCAUCUGACCACAUGACAUUCUCACACUACUCUUCUGGAUCAUCCAAAUGCUCUCUAGAAAACUUCAGAUGGGCCCGGACAUGUACUGGCUUAAGCAGGAGGACACGUCUGGCACUGCAUGAUUUGAAAUCCCUGAUGCCGUAGUGUGUUACCGCUGGUAGCCUUUGUUACUUUAGUCCCACCUUUCUGCACGUCAUUCACUAGCGCCCCCCCCCCCCCCCCAUGUGGUUCUGGGAUUUUUGCUCACCGUUCUUGUGAUCAUUUUGACACCACAGGAGAAAUCUUGCGUGGAGCCCCAGAUUGAUGGAGAUUAUCAUUGGUCUGGUAUGUCUUAUAUUUUCUAACAAUUGCUCCUACAGUCUUCACACCAAGCUGCUUGCCUUUUGCAGAUUUAGUCUUCCCAGCCUAGUGCAGGUCUACAAUUUUGCUUCUGGUGUCCUUCAACAGCUCUUUGACCAUAGUGGAGUUUGGAGUGUGACUGUUUGAGGUUGUGGACAGGCUUCUGUUAUACUGAUAACAAGUUCAAACAGGUGCCAUUAAUACAGGUGAUGAGUGGAGGACAGAGGAGACUCUUGAAGAAGAAGUUACAGGUCUUUGAGAGCCAGAAAUCUUGCUUGUUUGUAGGUGACCAAAUACUUAUUUUCCACCAUAAUUUGCUAAUAAAUUAUUUAAAAAAUCAGAUUAUGAUCUUAUUUUAUGGAUUUUUUUCUGAUUAUGUCUCUCAUAGUUGAGGUAUA